CCGUCUAUGUGCACUGUCAGAUUAGUUAGUAUAAUCCGCAGGGUUACGGUCAGAUUCAGAACGCUAGCUAGUUACACCUGGAAGUUGGAACAGGGCUUGAUAUCCGCAACGAAACGCAGGGUGAAAGAAACAGCUAGCUGGAUUUUGUGGAUGAGCAGUCCUAGUAAUUCAAGCAAUUUGAUAAUGAGAUUUCUGACCCACCUAAACGUAUUCAGAUUUCCUGCUAACGUUAUUAACGUUACCUAAAUUACAGCAGUGAAUUGUCAUACGGUUAGCCAUCUAGCUAGCUGUCCUGUUAACGUUAGUUAGCUUGCCAGCUAACGUGAACUCUUAGCAAGACGAAAAUCGGAUUAUCUACUAGCUAGCUACAUUUCCAAUACUUUUACUAAGUGGGAUAGUCUUAGUUUUCUAUGGUUGGUUUCAGUUUGACAUUUUCUUACGGACUAAGUAAGGUUAGCAAACUCGGCGUUGGCAAUCAAAUUUAAUCAAAACAGUCGUCUCGGAAACAAUACCAGACUGUCUUCAGUCUCAAUAUAACGUCAAGACGGAGUAACCAGCUAGUGCUACAAACCAGCCUUGGUCCUGAGUGUUGAGGCCAGGCGAAACAAACAUGUCUGGAAAAGACAAAGACAAGGAGAAAGCCGGAGAUAAACAAUCUACAACUGAGCGGCUCGUAAAAGCUGUGCCGUAUCCUCCCCAGCAGCGUCUGUGUAUGAAGGAGCUGUUUGAGGAUGGUAAACCCAACUCAGAGCUGCUUCGCAACCAUCUGGUGAAAGAGGGACGGCUGGAGGAGGAGGUAGCCCUCCGGAUCAUCAAUGAUGGGGCCAACAUUCUUCGACAGGAGAAAUGCAUGCUGGAGGUGGAGGCACCUAUCACAGUGUGUGGAGAUGUCCAUGGGCAGUUCUUUGACCUAAUGAAGCUGUUUGAAGUGGGAGGCUCUCCCAGCAACACACGCUAUCUCUUCCUCGGAGACUACGUAGACCGAGGCUACUUCAGUAUCGAGUGUGUGCUGUACCUCUGGUCACUUAAGAUCAAUCAUCCUACCACACUCUUCCUCCUGCGAGGGAACCAUGAGUGUCGGCACCUCACGGAGUACUUCACCUUCAAACAGGAAUGUAAAAUCAAAUAUUCUGAACGGGUGUACGAUGCCUGCAUGGAGGCGUUUGAUUGCCUUCCCCUCGCUGCUCUCCUCAACCAACAGUUCCUGUGUGUACACGGAGGUCUGUCCCCAGAAAUCAACUGCCUUGACGACAUUAGAAAAUUAGACAGGUUUAAGGAGCCUCCAGCCUUUGGCCCGAUGUGUGACCUGAUCUGGGCCGACCCAGGGGAGGACUACGGCAGUGAGAAGUCAGCAGAACACUUCAACCACAACUCUGUGCGAGGCUGCUCCUACUUUUUCAGUUACCCGGCAGUAUGUGACUUUUUGAUAAAUAAUAACUUGUUGUCAGUAAUAAGGGCACACGAAGCACAGGAUGCAGGCUACCGGAUGUACCGAAAAAGCCAGACUACAGGCUUUCCUUCAUUAAUUACCAUCUUCUCCGCACCAAAUUACCUGGAUGUGUACAACAACAAAGCUGCUGUAUUAAAGUAUGAAAACAAUGUGAUGAACAUCCGGCAGUUCAACUGCUCCCCCCACCCCUAUUGGCUGCCCAACUUCAUGGAUGUGUUCACAUGGUCACUGCCCUUUGUUGGAGAGAAAGUCACAGAGAUGCUGGUGAACGUGCUUAACAUCUGCUCUGAUGAUGAACUCAUGUCAGAAGGAGACGACCUUUGUGAAGAAGACGGUGGAAUCCCAGCUGUGCGCAAGGAGGUCAUCCGCAACAAGAUCCGCGCCAUUGGGAAGAUGGCAAGAGUCUUCUCUGUUCUCAGGGAGGAGAGUGAGAGUGUGCUGACACUCAAAGGGCUGACCCCUACUGGGUCGCUGCCUCUCGGAGUGUUGUCAGGGGGCAAAGAGACCUUACAUACCGCCGCCGCUGAGGCAGUGCAGGCAAAAGCUAUUCAAGGUUUUUCUCCCACGAGGAAGAUCAAAGAUUUCGCCGAAGCACAGAGCCUCGACAAAGUUAAUGAAAGGAUGCCCCCACGCAAGGAUGGCCAGCAGCCGGUCAACCAAAAUGCUCCAAAGAAUGGCACAGGCUAGGCCUGGCGAGAGACCGUCCCAGCCCCUCCCACCCCCUCCCAGCCCCUCCCAGCCCAAGGCCAAUCCCCUGUCUCAUACACCAAAACUAUCUUUACUUGGUUUCUCUCCGUCUCUUGUUGUCUAUUUCUUUGUUUUCUGUCUAUCUCCUUCCCCCAUUCUCUUUCCCUCCCUCUAUCCCUCAUUCUUUCUCUUUAUCCCAUUAAGACUCUGCUCCCAGCUGGCCUAUAAAGUUGGACAGGCACAUGUGGAUUGAAGAUACACCACUGUACUGGGAGAAUGGUUUCAGCCACAAACGAGUACAACCACAACGAGAAAACAAAACUUUUAUUUAUUAAAUUAUAUUAGGUAUAUUAUUAAAUAGCUACAGUUGAUUGAAAUCGUACAUUUCUGAGAUGUUCAAAUGUAUAAGCAUAUAAUCAUGGUAAAUGUCUAAGAGAAAACCACAAAGACCAUUUUGUAAACUUGAGUUGAUAUACGCGUUAGGUAGUGAGCGACCUUAUUAUCGGUUCCUAGGAAAUUCAAGUUUUUCUAUUGUUCUGUUUUUUGCUUUGCAAAGGGAAAAGUUGACUGAAUUUACAGAUAUCUACAGAAUGUGUGCUCGGAAAUGUUGGUCCAUUUAAAUAAUAUAAUGAUAUGUAUCAAAUGGAGAGAAAAUAAUGAAGGAAGCUAGACUUAGACACCAUUACAGAAAAUAAUUUUGUACCCCCUGCAGAAGUUUAGAAAAAAUACGUUUUUAUUUUAUUUGGUCAAAUUUCUUCAGUGAAACCUUAACCACUGAAAGUAACUGCCCAGUGUUUCCUCAUUUCGAGGGGUGUUAGUGUAUCCCAAAAACAGAAUAGUGAUUGUAUGUCUCUUCCUCCCUUGACUACUGAUUGGCCAGCACGUCCUCCUCAGGAGUAUGACAUCAUACUGUAUGGCAUAGUUUUAAAAUUUGAGGUGUUUUUUUUUAGGUGUUCUUUUAAACAAAUGCAAGCAUUGGCCACAUGGAUGGAUUGGAAUUAUUUACCUGAAUACUUUUGAAAAGCAAGAUUUUUACUGGGCAGUUACUUGAAUCAUUUUAUAGCUGCUUUAUAGUUCAAUGUGUUCUUUGUAUAUUUUAAAGUAAUUGUAAACAUAAUUUUACAAACUUUUGUCAGUCUUUGAGAAACUGCCCUGAAUAUUCAAAUUAAUUAUUUGAAAAGGCAAAGCAUUUAAUAAUUUAUUGUAUUUUAUACAGUUCAUUUUUUGGGGGGGGUUUUAGGAGUCCUGGAUUGUGUUUUCUUCAUUGGUGUUGCUUGAAGGUAUCACCAACCAAGUGUUUCUACCAGUGUGUUUAACUGAGGGCAGCUAGGAAGUUAUAUAAUAUACUUGUUAUAUUUGGGACGUCCUCUACAAAACUGAAGUCUGAUUCAUAAGUCGUAUGGGCCUACUGUACGUAUUGGUUUACCUCUCAUUAGAUAGCCCUUUGGAAGAUGAUUCCGCCAUUCGGUUUGCUUUUCUGGGAUGUUGAGCUGAGAGUGGCCCACUGUUCUGCAGAGUGAUGUGCUGGAUGUGGAAUAAUUGUCAUAGUUGUCAUGGUUCAUGGUGGCGAUACAUUGUACCAACCAAACACCACGAAAGAACAACCAGUGUCCUUCUAAAUGCUCUCCAUUACAAGAUGAAAGAGAUAUUCCCCUUGGAAUAUAUUGUCCCUGCAAUGUACUGAAACAUCUUAGUGUUCAUUAUUUUAUGUUUUAGAUACACAAUUUCUGUGUUGAUAUAAUAAUUAUGCUUCGCUUGAUUUCAGGUUGCUCCAUUGUCAACACUACAUAAAGGAUAUGUUUUAAUGGGUGGGGGUUCUUAGCAAAACCUGUAUCAGUGUCUCCAUCUACUGUUGAUUUGAUGUGUAUUUGUUAGAUGACUAGUGUGCUAAAUGUAAGGGAAAGCUGCCCUCCAAAUGGGCUCCAAUCAAAUGUUUAAAUUCCUUGGAGUUCAAGGGAAGCAGUGCUCUGAAGAGUGGUGGAUUGAGUCAUCCUGAGUGACGCUGUGAAUUUUAUGGGAAUUUCCAUUGUCUUUAGCAAUGCUUUGCCCAUCCUAUGAGUAGUAUCAUCAAUCCCUGCGAGCCACUGUUUUCAGUAUCAUUGAUAGUGCAAAGCUUGGGACCAAAUGGACUGUCUGCAUUGAUCAUGCAGUAAUCAAGCAAUCUCUAAAUACAUUUGUCAGUCAAAGUAUUAUAUGGUCUUAACACCUUUUGGUACAGCAUAAUUGUUUCUCUUUGGCAUGAACUGAGACUUGCUACUUUUUUAAAACCUGCUCCCCUCCCUUUAAGGAAUGACUUGAUUCUUUAGGACUUGUGACUUGUUGAACCGGUGCUUAGAGUUUUAGCCCUGUAUUUUUGGGGGGCUAGAAUGGCUUCUUUGACACUCCUCCCAUUGCGCUACAUGUAGUUAUUCUAGUCCUUUGUCAUUCAAGGAAAAGCUUUAAGAUUUAUUAUUCUCAUGUGAAUUUUCCCUUUUAUAAUAAGGCUUUAAACUACAGUACUGUGCAAAUGUCUUAGGUACCUGAAAGUCAAACUAAAGCCUUUUAUUUGG